AUGGAAUUGAAGGCUCAAAUUACGAUGGGAACACUAGAUCCUUGUCUGUUUGAAUCUGAUUUAGUUGGUAAAGCAAGAGAUCAUAAAGCACCAUUUCUACAAUGUCGAAAAUAUUUCCACACUAUAUCAAUGGCUCAACUAGAAGAAAUUUUGCCAUCAGAUGGGACCACAGAUUUUGAUGCUCAUCUGCAAAGAAGUAUUAUAAUGAUGCAGGAAUUAAACACAGAAAUGUCUAAGGAUGUAACAAUACUAUACAGUGCUAAAGAUAUGCCCAGUCGUGGGAAAUCAGGAGAUGAUAUUGAUCCUACUCGUAUUAAUAAUGACUUGGAAAAUGCUGGCUACAGUUGCUGGUUUAAUGCUGAUAUGAACACAGUUGGUGUAAAUGAACUAACACUGGCCUUAAAGAACUGUAAGGUUGUACUGGCUCUAGUUUCUGAUAAUUUUGAAAAAGAUGAGAGAUGUAGAGAUUUAUUACUGUAUGCUAUAGAUGGUUUAACUAAACAAUAUAUCAUAGCACCAAUUGGUAACAGAUUCUCAUGGCAACAGACUGAUCUGGGUAUGAGAAUUGGUAAACAGGAGCAAAUGAUAAUGUUUAAAUCUGGAGCACGAUAUAAUGAGAAAAUAAAAGAAUUGAUAAUUGCUGUUAAAGAUAAACUAAAAGGACUAGAAAAAACAGAACUGGUGGACUACCCAGAAUGUUUCCUAAGUUACUGUUGGUCUAAUUCACAUGAUGCUGUAGCAAAAGGAACUAAAAGUACUGCUGGUAGUUUGGGACAUUAUGAUCCGAGAAAAAUCAAAGAAUAUUUAAGUGACAAUGGUAUUAAUGUCUGGUUAGAUUGUGAACAGACGACUGUUAAUAAAGGCUUAUAUGAUAAUAUAUGUAAAGGAUUAGGACACAGUAAAGUGGUUGUAGCCUGUGUAUCAGAUGAGUAUAUAAAUUCAGUGAAUUGUAUGAUGGAAUUAAGGUUUGCUGUUUUAACAUUAAAGUUACCAUUAGUUAUAGUUGUAGUUGGUACUGGUAAAGAGUGGAAACGUUCAGAGCAAAGAUCCAAAUCUUCUGAAGUAUAUUUACAACAACAGAACGAUUCAGCCCUAGAAACAUUAGUGACAUUUGUUAAAGAGAGGAUGCCUUCUGCUGCUGAAAAAUUAAAACAAGAAGCUCAGAAUGUUAAGAAAAAUGUCACAGAAAUUCAGCAGAAGGCUGUGAAACAGUCAACUAAUAUUUCAUAUCAGGAAGAAAGAGAGUUAAUGCAGAGAAAGUUUAUGAGACAUAUUAUAUCCUUUAUGAGUAGACUAGAUCAAACACCCAUGCCCAGACUUAUACUGAUCGAUCUAGAAAAACAACAGAAAAAUUCAAACAAGUCAAGGAAUACUGUUGAAAGCUCAUUCAGUAAGAUGAGUAAAUUAGGCUCCAGACCAAAAACUGCUUCAAAAUCUAAAGAUAUAAUUCAGGUGAUAACAGUGAAAGCUAUAUUGAUGAUAUUUAUUUAUUCUGUGAUAUCAGUGAAAGCUAUAUUGAUGAUAUUUAUUUAUUCUGUGAUAACAGGUGAAAGUGAUAUUGAUGAUAUUUGGGAUGAAGAAGGGUUGUGUAUUAAGAUGCUGUGUGAAUAUGAAGAGGGUUGGCAUUUAUGUCAGAAGUCUUUAUCCUUUAAAAGAAGUGAUAGUAAUAAGGAACAGCUAAAGAAAAUGUCACCAUAUUUAGCCAGACUGUAUGCUCUAGCCAGACAAAGUCAUGUAAAUUUAAACUGUUUUGUCAGUAACAGUGGACAGGAUUUUAUCAAUUGGAUUGAACAGGAAUCCAUGGAACAUACAGAAUUCUUACAGGGUUUUCAAACACUUAGAUCUAUACUAGUAGAAGAUGAUUCUACAGAAUCUACAGACUUUCAGGAACAACUUGUCAGGUGUCAUUUACCAAGUGGUAAAGUUUAUUGGUUAUGUGAUAAACACCAGAAAAUGCCAAGAAUAACCAAAUUAACCAAUAGAACAGGGGGGAAUACCAGUUCCUUUAAAAACCUCUACCAAGAAGAUAUUUUGCUCAAAGAAGUCAUGGAACAAUCUAAUCUUUAUAAAAAGAAAAAAUCAGAGAAAAAAACAGUUCAAAAGAUAGAUCUACCAGAUAGUAAGUUCUGUUGCUUAGCUACAUAA